AUGUACGCCGUAGAACCACCGUACACUGCCAACAGCAGCAAAGCCGCUGGAACCGGCGACUACAUAUUCAUGGCCGGAUUCGUCUUCUGCUUUCUCCUGCUAGUCACAUUUGGAUAUACUAUUUACAUGUGCAGGCGCUCUCAAUCACCAACACCAAUUAGCACCACCAACGAUGAUACGCACAACCACCACCUCAUAAGAAUCUCUCCAGGUCUUGAUGACGAUGUCCUUGUAACUUUCCCAACAUUUGUUUACUCCGACUCCGAGGCUACUGGUGUAGCUCACAAAAGUGGCACCACUACUGAUCAUGCCAAGGAUUUCGGCUGCUCUAUCUGCUUGGCCGAUUAUGAACCGGCAGAAGUCGUACGGGUGUUGCCUGAAUGUCGCCAUUUUUUUCAUGUCAAGUGUAUAGAUAUGUGGUUGAAGACUCAUCCUACUUGUCCUGUGUGUCGGAACUCGGUGAUUGCACUACCAGUUCAACAGAGUUGA